GCUCAGCAACAACCUCCCUCCUCACACACUCACUCACACACACUCGUGCUCCUGUAUGCGGCUGCCUGAACUCAUGAAACACUCUGCAUGAGGCGACUGGUACUCUGGAUUCCUAUGAUCCUUCAUUUUGAGUGUCCCCUCCUUCAGAGUGUGAGGUGGACAGGCUCCCCAGUGGUUACGGAUCCAGGGACUCCAUCCUCAGAUCUGCUUCUAAGAGGGACUGGAAAAGACGAAGGCGUGGGCAUCUGAGGCGGAUUGACAGCUGCAGCAGCUGGGAUCCAGGCCACACCGGCGCUGAGGCUGGCAAAGGGAAACAGCAGCCUGUGUUCGAACUGAGUGGAGGUGCAGCCAUGCGCUGCUCCACCCUGCUCGCCAUCCUCACGGGGGUGCUUCUCUACCUGGUGCUGGGUGCUGUGGUGUUCCGCGCCCUGGAGGCUCCGCGAGAGGAGGGCAAGCACAUGCAGCUGCAGGACACGCGGCGGGACUUCCUGUUGAACUUCACCUGUGUCGACUCAGACAACCUACAGAGCCUUAUAGAGGAGGUGGUGGAGGCUGUCGGUGCAGGUGUGGAUCCCAGCAGCAACACCACCUUCGUCAGCCAGUGGGAUCUGGCCAGUGCCUUUUUCUUCUCAGGGACAAUCAUCACAACCAUCGGUUUUGGAAACAUCUCCCCCAAGACAGAGGGAGGGCAGCUGUUCUGCAUUUUCUACGCCCUGGUGGGAAUCCCAUUGUUCGGUAUCCUGCUCGCUGGAGUCGGAGACCAUCUGGGUACUGGGCUGAGGAAAACCGUUGCCAAAAUAGAGACUCUCUUCCUGAAAUGGCGAGUUAGUCCCACUAUUGUGCGAGUGAUCUCAGCCGUCCUGUCCAUCCUGCUGGGUUGCCUUCUCUUUGUUGCAGUGCCUAUCCUAGUUUUCCAAGAGGUGGAGGGUUGGACUCUUCUGGAGUCAGCCUACUUUGUAGUUAUCACGCUAACGACGGUGGGGUUUGGAGACUAUGUUGCAGGCGACUCUGGAAUUGCGGGGAGCGACCACUGGUACAAGCCUUUGGUGUGGUUCUGGAUCUUGCUGGGUCUUGCCUACUUUGCAUCCAUCCUGACAAUGAUUGGUAACUGGCUUCGGGUUCUUUCUAAGAAGACCAGAGCUGAGAUGGAAGAACUGCGAGCCCACGCCACUGACUGGACUCAGAACAUCCAAAAUAUGUCCGUGGAUUUUCGCAUUCCAGGAAAAAUUGAUGACCCCUUCAAACGGCGCCGGCGAAAGCGCCGCCAUGGCUCUCGGAGCCAUGGUCACAGUGUGUCAGCUACAGGGGCUCCUGAGGGGAAAGAAGAGCAGCAGGAGAGUCAAACGGAUUCUGGAUCUUACUCCUCUUCGUCUUCCUCCUCUAAUGAAUCAGGGUCUGGAUCAGAAACAGACUCUCAGGCCACUCAGACCGAGCGAGUGCCUGAAGAAAAAACUGCAGAACCUCAAAAGGAGGAGACUCCUCCUGAUCCCCACCUGACUCAGCCUCUGGACUACUUUGGGGAGAACCUUGCAUUUAUUGAUGAGUCUUCAGAUGCUCAGAGUGGUAAACUACAUUUGGAUCCUCUGCUGGAUCCAACACAACCCAACUCUGUACGCUCUCGUCAGCCAAAGAGGAGACGCCACAGGAGGCCUGUUCCACAGAGAACCCCAAAAAACAACAGCUCCAGCCCUGGCAAGAAGGAGCCCAAUGGAAACCCCAAACCAGUUCCAGAUCUACCACUGAACCUUAAGAUUUAAGUUGGUUGCAGAAACUCCACAAGUAUCAACCUGAGUGUUAUGAGAUGUACUGAAAAUCUGAUAGAGGAGUUUUCAGUGUAGCAAUUUAUUUGUGUAUAUGUACUGCUUACUUACAGACACUUAAGAUGAAAACAUGUUGCAGAAGCCUUAGCCACUUGUGGUUUGCAUUUAAUGCUCUUAGCAUGAGAGUGUGUAUGCCUCAAUCACAGAUGAUGAAGUGAUUUCUAUGCCAAUGCUCCCAUUACUAUCUGAAGAGAUACUGCUCUCUACUGGGCCAAGACAGAAAUGCACUACCCUUCUCUCAACAUGAGGCCUCCCUGCCUUUUACUGAUCCAAAUAAUGCAAGAAAUCAGAGAGAAAAGCCUAAACCUUACCACAGUAGUGUGGUGCUCAUGUUAAAGAGAAGUUGCUUUGGUCGGAGAGAGUUACUCUUAAAUCCUGCCAACAAUUAAACGGGUACUAAACAGGCUAUUGUACAUUUUUGGUAUGUGACAAAACUUUUCUAACUUCUGUGUACAACCAUAAUAUUUGCAUUUUGAUGGCCAAAUGCAUUAAUCCUACUGUACUGCAAAAAUGUAAUAAAGAUUUUUUUU